AUAAAAAAAAAUCAUAUUAAUCACAGUGACACUGACAGUUUUAAAAGUGAGGUUAGAUUUUGACGCCUGCCCAAUCACUCGGUGUUUAAUUUUUCGUUCUGGGCGGAUACUCGACCCUAUUUUCAACGUUUUUCACAACGAAAUCGAAAAGACACGCGCCCCCUUCGCACAAAACAACCCAGUAAGUAAAAAAAGAUGGAUUAAAACGCACGUUAUUCCCGCAAACAAUAAGAAAACACAAAAGAUGUCACAGUCGGGUUCGAAUUUAAUGUACGAUUCAGACAUGCCCGAUUCGGAAGGUUCCAGUUCGAUAGAUACCACGAAAAAGAAAUGUUCUAUAAGCGGAGAGGUUCGAGUUAAAAUGGUUACGGUGAAACACCCGGAAAGUAACAAACCAAAACCCACGGUUAAGAAGAGUAAACAACCGGUCCAAGCCGAUUUGGAUAUAACCAAGGAAUUUUUAAGGUGUAAAGAAGAGGGUAUUAAGCGGUUAGAUUUAAGUAAAUCAAAUAUAACUAAUUUACCGGCUUCUGUAAAAGAUUUAACGCAUUUAUCGGAAUUGUAUUUGUAUGGGAAUAAAUUGGUGUCUUUACCGGCGGAAAUUGGUUAUUUGGUUAGUUUACAAACGCUAGCUUUAAACGAGAAUAGCUUAACUAGUUUACCGGAUUCUUUGGUGGGGUUACGUUCGAUUCGCGUUUUGGAUUUGCGCCAUAAUAAAUUGAACGACAUCCCUGAUGUAGUUUAUAAAUUAACAUCUUUAACUACAUUAUUUUUAAGAUUUAAUCGCAUCCGAUAUGUGGGGGAUGAGAUCAAAAAUUUGACUUGUUUAACCAUGCUUAGUUUAAGAGAUAAUAAAAUUAAAGAACUCCCCCCUGGGAUUGGCAAAUUAAUAAAUUUAAUUACUUUCGAUGUAUCUCAUAAUCAUUUGGAGCAUUUACCUGUUGAAAUUGGGCAUUGUAUUAAUUUAUCGACGUUGGAUUUGCAGCAUAAUGAGUUAUUGGAUGUUCCUGAUAGUAUUGGGGAGUUGCAAUUUUUGACUCGAUUGGGGUUAAGAUAUAAUCGGUUAAGUUAUGUUCCACCCACUUUGUCUAAUUGUAAGAGGAUGGAGGAUUUUAACGUUGAGGGGAAUGCGAUUUCGCAACUUCCUGAGGGGUUACUUUCGAGUUUAUCGGCGUUGAGAGGGAUUACUUUGUCGCGGAAUAAUUUUACUGCUUAUCCAUCCGGGGGGCCGGCCCAAUUCACGAAUGUUGACUCGAUCAAUUUGGAACAUAAUCAAAUCGAUAAGAUACCUUACGGGAUUUUUUCGCGCGCUAAAACUUUAACCAAGUUAAAUAUGAAGGAGAAUCAAUUGACCUCGUUGCCUUUGGAUAUAGGGACGUGGGUUAAUAUGGUCGAGUUGAACUUGGGGACGAAUCAACUGAGUAAAUUGCCUGAUGAUAUACAAUGUUUGCAAAGUUUGGAGGUUUUGAUUCUUUCGAAUAAUUUGUUGAGGCGGGUUCCUCCGAGUAUUGGGAAUUUGAGGAAGCUUCGCGUGCUCGAUUUGGAGGAGAAUCGCUUGGAGACACUGCCGAAUGAUAUUGGGUGUCUGCACGAAUUAAAAAAAUUAAUCGUGCAAUCGAAUCAAUUGACGUCGUUGCCGCGGGCAAUCGGGCAUUUAUCGAGUUUGAUCUUUUUAAGCGCCGGGGAAAAUAAUUUGGGGUAUUUACCCGAAGAAAUCGGGACGUUGGAAAACUUAGAGUCGCUCUACAUCAACGACAACCCCUCAUUACACAAUUUACCAUUCGAAUUAGCACUGUGUUCGAACCUCCAAAUAAUGAGCAUCGAAAAUUGUCCUUUAUCCCAAAUUCCCGGGGAAAUCGUAGCGGGGGGGCCCUCAUUAGUUAUUCAGUAUUUAAAAAUGCAAGGUCCUUAUCGUGCCAUGUGAUGUAACGAGUAAUGUUUUUGUUUAAAUUGUAAAUUUUAAGUAUUAUUUUUUAUGGUUCACUUAAUAGCUCUCUCAAUCGCCAAAAAAAAAUUAUUAAAAAAUUAAUUUGUUAUAAAAACUCACAAAUAUACGCACAAAACCCAUCCUGUUAAAAAAAAUUAUUAAUUAAGUCUAGUCUCUGUUUCAAGCUGUCCAAAUUUGAAAAAAAUAACAAAAAAUUGUAUUAAAAAAAAAAUGUGUCAUAUGUAUAGUUAAAAAAUUAAAGAGAAAUUAGAUUAAGAUUUAAAAGAAAUUAAUCGAAUUUCUUCGUUAAUAUUAACGUCUUAAGAAGUCUUUCAAAUUAAUCUAAAAAGAAAAAUUGAAUAAAAAUUAAAAAUAGAUUAAAAUCGAAAUGUAAAUAAUAAAUUUAAUAAAAUCUAUUACUCAAAAGAAAUUAAUUUUAAGAAAUUAUGUUAUUUUGAUUGAAACGAAACGAUUGGAACAAAGAAUUAUGAUUAAUUAUCGAUUAAACUGGCUGAUUAUGUUUUUUUUAUAAAAAUAACGAAUUUGUUAAUUAUACACCUUAUUAUUGUCCCCGAACCGUUUGUACUUGUAUUUAUAUAAAUGAAUAAAUUAUGGAAAAUAUAUAUUGGAGAAAUUAUCGAUUAAAUUAACGCGGAUAAGAUGAAGAAAAAGAGUUAAUGAUAAAAUAAAAAUUGUUAGUCGCUGUAAGCCAUGUCAUAAAUAAAUAUUUCGUCAUAAA